UCGUCGUCGUAAUGUCAAAAGUGACGUACAUUCAUGUAAUUCGGUUUUGUAUUGAUUACGCCGGUGUGUCAAGUUAGUGAUAAAUACAGUUUAAUAAAUAUUACGUAAAACUUUUAUUGAAAAAGUAAUGUACAUGUACUGUUGUUUGAAGUAGAUAGCCUAAUUCAAUUUUUCAAUUAGGCUUCGAGUUCCUAGGAACAAAACUCAUUCCAUCAAUAUCAAUUUGAACAGAUACAGUACGUUUCAGAUGUAACCCGCUUCAAAUAAUCUAUUGACCCACCGAUCACUCUCGAUCUCAAUAUCAGUCAAUUUUUUGAACACUUCUAUUGACCUUUCCAUGUGAAUAAAUUAUGUGAGUGUGUGCAUCCACACAUGCGCACUUUUACUAUUUAAUUGAACGUGUGGUAGUGUAGAUUCACCAAGUAUGUUGAACUAAGAUCGUGUUUUUAAUAGAAGGUCAGGAGUGGGAGAGAUUAUGAUGAUGGGUGACUUGAGACUUGACUCAGUUGUCACUUGGAGUCUGGCGGUGUUGUAACUAACUGCACGGUGAACGGGUAUUUCGGUGAACUGGGUGUUUUUAGUGAACGAUAGUUCGGUUUAAGUGGUGUGUGCGGGUGAUUGAAGCCUCUUGCCCUUUCGGCAUUUGCUUUUUUCUGUGCAAUGAGCUUGACCGGCUCAAAAAUUCCUCACCUGGAAUUGACUAUCAGUCUCGAUGAAAGUGAUCUGCUAAAGGGUGCCGCAGAAAUAAUUUCCACCUUGAGGCCGCGGUGGAAUUUGGAGCAUAGUACUUUUAAGCUAUUCACUGAUGGCAUCACAAACAAACUGGUUGGCUGCUUCAACUCGAAAGACGUGGACGAUGUGGUCCUUGUCAGAGUCUACGGACAGAAUACCGACCUUCUAAUCGAUAGAAAGGCUGAAACUAGAAAUUUCAUCCUACUACAGGACUUUGGGUAUGCGCCACAGCUGUACGCGACCUUCCACAACGGACUGGUCUACGAGUUUGUGCCGGGCGAGGUGCUGACGGUAGGCUCGGUUCGCUCGCCCGCCGUCUACCCGCUGGUGGCACGUGUGAUGGCCGGCAUGCAUCACGUGGACUGUGGACCCCAUGUGGCUCGCCAGCCCGCACUCUGGGAUAAGGUCAACAACUUCCUCGCACUCAUUCCCGAUCGGUUCCACUCAUCGCAUAUGCAGAAGAGGUUCGAAGAGGGAAUCCCGGGUGGCCUGGACCACCUGAGACGCGAGCUGUGCGUGUUGCAGGCCGAGUUGAGUCAGCUGGGAAGUCCGAUUGUGUUCUGCCACAAUGACCUGCUGCUGGCCAACGUCAUCCACCGCAACACUAGUACCACGCCCACUGCCAAUGCAAUCACAUUCAUCGACUACGAGUAUGCUGCAUACAACUACCAGGCAUUCGACAUCGGCAACCACUUCGAUGAGUUCGCUGGAGUUACCGACACUGACUUCUCGCUCUACCCCGAGAGGUCGUUCCAGCUGAGCUGGCUGCGCGUCUACCUUGAGGAGUACAAGAGGAUAGAGAGAAGAGGAGGAGUCGUGAAGAAGGGCGAGGAGGUGGAGGAGAAGGAUAAGGAGGAGGUGGUGGUGACGGAGGAGGAGGUGGAGCGGCUCUAUGUGCAAGUGAACAAGUUUGCAUUGGCCGCUCACUUCAUGUGGGGCGUGUGGGCAUUUGUGCAAGCUCAGCAUUCCACUAUCGACUUCAAUUUCCUCGAGUACGGAAUCGUCAGAUUAAAAGAAUACUUCGCUAGACGUGAUGAAUUUCUAUCGCUGCAAUUAUCGAGAUGAUGAUGAAUGUUACCAAAAACUUGUUAUUUGUUGUAAUGUAUCUCUGUGAGAGUGAAUUUAUCGUGUAUAUCUUAAAAAAAAUCAAGUUUAUCACACUUUUGAAAAAAAUUAUGGAACAUUGUUACAUAGCUACAGAAAAUUGCCAGUAAUAAUAUUCAUUCAAGACUGUGCUUUAAGGGGUUUGGAUUUGAGAUGCUUAGUUUUACUUGAAUCGAAGUAUUACCAAGUAUUACUGCAAGAAAUUUUCUCGUUGAACAUUCUUUGAUUGAAAAAAUUCUUUAUUGAAAUAAAAGAUGAAAAAAGAAAUUUAGUGAUUGGAUGCAUCACAAAACUGAAACAAAAUCGAAACUAAAUUUGUCAGAUUAAGAAAACAUUUUCAAUAUAUGAAAUUUCAAUGCUUUGUUACUGAAACCAGAACCUUGUAAACAGUCUUUAAUGAAUGAAACAUUCCAUUUUAAGAUAAAUCAAAAGAUUAAUUUUAGAUUAUAAACGAAGAUUUGUCAUUUGGUGCUGAAUCAAAGAUAGCUUUAGGUGGUUUAGUUGUUUUAAAUUAUACAUUCGACAUUAGAUUUUCCAAACUGAGUCUUCUGACAAAAUUAAUCGUCUUCUACCGUAAAUGUACCAGUGAAAUAUAAAGGCGAUUUUAGUAAUAAUAAAUUAUAUCUUGAUAUUUUAUUAUUACUUAUAGAGAAUGUUUCAAAAUAAUUGGCCCGAUUUUAAAUAUAUUCUUUCGAAUUGGCCUAACAUCAUGCAAUCAAAUAUUCCUAUUAGAAAAUGCAAUAUUAAAAUCAGGUCAUUCUUUGUGAAACACUCCGUAUUUACCUUAUAUUCUCUCACCAUAAUUUAGUUCUUUGAUACAGUGAUUGUAUACCAACGUAUUAAUUUCAAUAUUUUUAAUCAGUGCUACUCCUAUAACUUGGGAUAAUUAUUCCAUACUUUUUUUACUAUUAAUGUGCUGUGUAUUUUUGUGCUCUGUAUUUCACAAUUUUGCAUUUAUAUUAUUUCUCAAAUGCUCAUUCCAAAAUAAAACAUUUAUUGUUUAACUGUAAUUCCAAUACUAUGGGAUAUUUAAUAUCAAGAUGUCCAUAAUUUCCAGACUAACUAAUGUAUCAAAAAAGUACUCUAAGUACUAUGAAAUAUUUUUUCAUCUUCAAACUCAUCCUGAUUAUUUAGUAUGAUGAUUAGUAUCAUUAUGAUGGAUAUUGUAAUGAAAAUGAAUUGGCUUCUAUGGAGAGCUUUAUCACUUUUAUACGUACGUUUUCAUCUACGAAUCAUCGAAUUCUACCGUAUUGUAUUUCUACUCUUAUACUCAAGAUUAGAGUAGUUUAUCAUAUUCAAAAAAAAAAACUUGUGCUUUAUUGACUGACUAUUCUCAAUAACCACCAAGGAAAAGAAUAAUAUCUUUUCGCUAAGAAAAAUUCAAGGCUUUGAAUUAUAUCAUGACCAACUAGAACAACACUCAGCCUAUUUUCUAAAAUCGAAAUAGUUUUAUUUUCUAAAGAAAUUUCUUAUGAACAAGAAUAUCAAAUCAGCCAUAUUCUAUCAGUACCUAAAUUGCAUAUUUACUAUAAUCAUGAAAGAUUUAUGAGUCUUCAGUGACUUAUAACUUGUAUAUUUAAUGUUGUAGGUAGUUAGAAUCUUGAAUGUUUUAUUACUUUCUUAUGCAACGAUCUUAUUCAUAUUUCUUUUCAUUUUUCCAACCAAAUUCUUUUUACAAGAAUUAAGAAGCUUGUAAAAGUAACUGAAGACGAUAUUGUGUUGGUGUUUUAUCAGAUUGCCAUUAAGUUAGUUAAUUACAGCUCAUGAGCACUUUUACCAUUUUUCAACAAUAAAUUAAUCUAUUUUAAUUAUUGUACUGACUAAAUUUUUCUUGAUAACCAAAGAAACAUCAUGUACCUAAUUUUGUUUAUUGUUUAUUAGCAACUGAUGAUUAAACUGUGUGUUACUCUUUGAAUAA